CCAGUCCAAUGGAUCAGAUGGGCAAGAUGAGACCUCAGCCAUAUGGUGGGACUAACCCAUACUCGCAACCACAGGGACCUCCGGCAGGACCGCAGCAAGGACAUGGGUAUCCAGGGCAGCCAUAUGGGUCCCAGACCCCGCAGCGGUACCCGAUGGCCAUGCAGGGCCGGGCGCAGAGUACCAUGGGCGGCCUCUCUUAUGCACAGCAGAUUCCUCCUUAUGGACAGCAAGGCCCUAGCGGGUAUGGCCAACAGGGCCAGACUCCGUACUACAACCAGCAAAGUCCUCACCCCCAGCAGCAGCCACCCUACUCCCAGCAACCACCCUCCCAGACCCCUCAUGCUCAACCUUCAUAUCAGCAGCAGCAACAGUCUCAGCCACCACAGCUCUCAGCCUCGCAGCCUGCGUACUCCCAACAGCCUUCCCAGCCUCCACAUCAGCAGUCUCCAACUCCAUACCCUUCCCAGCAGUCCACAACACAGCAACACCCACAGAGCCAGCCCCCCUACUCGCAACCACAGGCACAGUCUCCCUACCAGCAGCAGCAACCUCAGCAGCCAGCCUCCUCGACGCUCUCCCAGCAGGCUGCGUACCCUCAGCCCCAGUCGCAGCAGUCACAGCAAACUGCCUACUCCCAGCAGCGCUUCCCUCCACCCCAGGAGUUAUCUCAAGAUUCAUUUGGGUCUCAGGCAUCCUCAGCCCCCUCAAUGACCUCCAGUAAGGGAGGGCAAGAAGAUAUGAACUUGAGCCUUCAGUCAAGACCCUCGAGCUUACCUGAUCUGUCUGGUUCAAUAGACGAUCUCCCCAUGGGGACAGAAGGAGCUCUGAGCCCUGGAGUGAGCACAUCAGGGAUUUCCAGCAGCCAAGGAGAGCAGAGUAAUCCAGCUCAGUCUCCUUUCUCUCCUCAUACCUCCCCUCACCUGCCUGGCAUCCGAGGCCCCUCCCCGUCCCCUGUUGGCUCUCCCGCCAGUGUUGCUCAGUCUCGCUCAGGACCACUCUCGCCUGCUGCAGUGCCAGGUAACCAGAUGCCACCUCGGCCGCCCAGUGGCCAGUCAGACAGCAUCAUGCAUCCUUCCAUGAACCAAUCAAGCAUUGCCCAAGAUAGAGGUUACAUGCAGAGGAACCCCCAGAUGCCCCAGUACAGUUCCCCUCAGCCCGGCUCAGCCUUAUCUCCUCGUCAGCCUUCUGGAGGACAGAUGCACACAGGCAUGGGCUCUUACCAGCAGAACUCCAUGGGGAGCUAUGGUCCCCAGGGGGCUCAGUAUGGCCCACAAGGAGGCUACCCAAGGCAGCCAAAUUAUAAUGCUUUGCCCAAUGCCAACUACCCCAGUGCUGGCAUGGCUGGAAGCAUGAACCCUAUGGGUGCUGGAGGUCAAAUGCAUGGGCAGCCUGGCAUCCCACCUUACGGCACCCUCCCUCCGGGGAGAAUGAGUCAUGCUUCCAUGGGCAACCGGCCUUAUGGCCCCAAUAUGGCCAAUAUGCCACCUCAGGUUGGGUCAGGGAUGUGCCCCCCACCAGGGGGCAUGAAUCGAAAAACUCAAGAAACUGCUGUUGCCAUGCAUGUUGCUGCCAACUCUAUCCAAAACAGGCCUCCAGGCUACCCCAAUGUGAAUCAGGGGGGUAUGAUGGGAACUGGAACUCCUUAUGGACAAGGGAUUAAUAGUAUGGCUGGCAUGAUCAACCCUCAGGGACCGCCAUAUCCCAUGGGUGGGACCAUGACCAACAAUUCAGCAGGGAUGGCAACCAGUCCAGAGAUGAUGGGCCUUGGCGACGUAAAGUUAACUCCAGCCACCAAAAUGAACAACAAGGCAGAUGGGACGCCCAAGACAGAGUCCAAAUCCAAGAAAUCCAGUUCCUCUACUACAACCAAUGAGAAGAUCACCAAGUUGUAUGAGCUGGGUGGUGAGCCCGAGAGGAAGAUGUGGGUGGACCGUUACCUGGCCUUCACAGAAGAGAAGGCCAUGGGCAUGACAAAUCUGCCUGCUGUGGGCAGGAAGCCUCUGGACCUCUAUCGCCUCUAUGUGUCUGUGAAGGAGAUUGGUGGAUUGACUCAGGUCAACAAGAACAAAAAAUGGCGGGAACUUGCAACCAACCUCAAUGUAGGCACCUCAAGCAGUGCUGCCAGCUCCUUGAAAAAGCAGUAUAUCCAGUGUCUCUAUGCCUUUGAGUGCAAGAUUGAGCGGGGAGAAGAUCCUCCCCCAGACAUCUUUGCAGCUGCUGAUUCCAAGAAGUCUCAGCCCAAGAUCCAGCCUCCCUCUCCUGCGGGGUCGGGGUCUAUGCAGGGGCCACAGACUCCUCAGUCCACCAGCAGUUCGAUGGCAGAAGGAGGUGACCUGAAGCCACCAACUCCAGCAUCCACACCGCACAGCCAGAUCCCUCCCUUGCCGGGCAUGAGGAGUAAUUCAGUCGGGAUCCAGGAUGCCUUUCCUGAUGGAAGUGACCCCACAUUCCAGAAGCGGAAUUCCAUGACUCCAAACCCUGGGUACCAACCCAGUAUGAAUACCUCUGACAUGAUGGGACGCAUGUCCUACGAGCCAAAUAAGGAUCCUUAUGGCAGCAUGAGGAAAGCUCCAGGGAGUGACCCCUUCAUGUCCUCGGGGCAGGGCCCCAAUGGUGGAAUGGGGGACCCUUACAGCCGUGCUGCUGGCCCUGGACUGGGGAAUGUGGCCAUGGGACCACGACAGCACUACCCAUACGGAGGUCCUUAUGACCGAGUGAGGACGGAACCUGGGAUAGGACCUGAGGGAAACAUGGGCACUGGGGCCCCACAACCAAAUCUCAUGCCUUCCAACCCAGAUUCGGGGAUGUAUUCUCCUAGUCGCUAUCCCCCACAGCAGCAGCAGCAACAGCAACAGCAGCAGCAGCAGCAGCAACGACAUGAUUCCUAUGGCAAUCAGUUCUCCAGCCAAGGCACCCCUUCUGGUAGCCCCUUCCCCAGCCAACAGACCACAAUGUAUCAGCAGCAGCAGCAGAAUUAUAAGCGACCGAUGGAUGGCACAUAUGGCCCUCCUGCCAAACGGCACGAAGGAGAGAUGUACAGUGUGCCCUACAGCACAGGGCAGGGUCAGCCGCAGCAACAGCAGUUGCCCCCAGCGCAGCCCCAGCCUGCCAGCCAGCAACAAACUGCUCAGCCUUCCCCUCAGCAGGAUGUGUACAACCAGUAUGGCAAUGCCUAUCCUGCCGCUGCUGCCGCUGCUACAGAGCGCCGACCAGCAGGCGGCCCCCAGAACCAAUUUCCAUUCCAAUUUGGCCGAGACCGUGUCUCUGCACCCCCUGGCUCCAAUGCCCAGCAGAACAUGCCACCACAAAUGAUGGGUGGCCCCAUACAGGCAUCAUCUGAGGUUGCUCAGCAAGGCACCAUGUGGCAGGGGCGCAAUGACAUGACCUACAAUUAUGCCAACAGGCAGAGCUCAGCCUCUGCCCCCCAGGGUCCCGCCUAUCAUGGUGUAAACCGAACAGAUGAAAUGCUGCACACGGAUCAGAGGGCCAAUCAUGAAGGUCCAUGGCCCUCCCAUGGCACACGCCAGCCUCCAUAUGGUCCCUCUGCCCCCGUGCCUCCUAUGACAAGACCCCCUCCAUCUAACUACCAGCCCCCACCAAGCAUGCAGAAUCACAUUCCUCAGGUAUCCAGCCCUGCUCCCUUGCCUCGGCCAAUGGAGAACCGCACCUCUCCUAGUAAGUCUCCGUUCCUGCACUCUGGGAUGAAAAUGCAGAAGGCAGGCCCACCAGUACCUGCUUCGCACAUAGCGCCUGCCCCUGUGCAGCCCCCCAUGAUUCGGCGGGAUAUUACCUUCCCACCUGGCUCUGUCGAAGCCACACAGCCUGUGUUGAAGCAGAGGAGGAGGCUCACAAUGAAAGACAUUGGAACUCCGGAGGCAUGGCGGGUAAUGAUGUCACUCAAGUCUGGGCUGCUGGCAGAGAGCACGUGGGCAUUAGAUACCAUUAACAUCCUGCUGUAUGAUGAUAAUAGCAUCAUGACCUUCAACCUCAGUCAGCUCCCAGGGUUGUUGGAGCUCCUUGUGGAAUAUUUCCGACGUUGCCUGAUCGAGAUCUUUGGCAUUUUAAAGGAGUAUGAGGUGGGUGACCCAGGACAGAGAACAUUACUAGACCCUGGGAGAUUCAAUAAGGCCUCUAGUCCAGCGCCUGUGGAAGGGGAGGAGGAAGAAGACCUCUUGGGUCCUAAACUGGAGGAGGAAGAAGAGGAGGAGGUAGUUGAAAAUGAUGAGGAGAUGGCCUUUUCAGGCAAGGACAAGCCCCCCUCAGAGAACAGCGAGGAGAAGCUGAUCAGUAAGUUUGACAAGCUGCCAGUGAAGGUCGUGCAGAAGAACGACCUGUUUGUGGUGGACUGCUCAGAUAAGCUUGGGCGCGUGCAGGAGUUUGACAGUGGCCUGCUACACUGGCGGAUUGGUGGGGGGGACACCACUGAACAUAUUCAGACCCACUUUGAAAGCAAGACAGAGCUGCUGCCUACCCGGCCUCAUGUGCCCUGCCCUCCAGCCCCCCAGAAACAUGUCACAGCAUCAGAGGGUAUGCCAGGGACAACAGAGCAGGAGGGUCCCCCGCCUGAUGGCCCUCCAGAAAAGCGGAUCACAGCCACAAUGGAUGAUAUGUUGUCCACUCGGUCGAGCACAUUGGCCGAGGAGGGGUCCAAGAGUGCGGAGGCCUCCAAGGAGAGCAGCAAGUUCCCAUUUGGCAUCAACCCAGCACAGAGCCACCGGAACAUCAAAAUUCUAGAGGACGAACCCCACAGUAAAGAUGAGACCCCACUGUGCACCCUUCUGGACUGGCAGGAUUCCCUGGCCAAGCGCUGCGUCUGUGUGUCCAACACCAUCCGAAGCCUGUCAUUUGUGCCAGGCAACGACUUUGAGAUGUCCAAGCACCCGGGGCUGCUGCUGAUCCUGGGCAAGCUGAUCCUGCUGCACCACAAGCACCCGGAACGGAAGCAGGCACCGUUAACUUACGAGAAGGAGGAGGAGCAGGACCAAGGGGUGAGCUGCAACAAGGUGGAGUGGUGGUGGGACUGCUUGGAGAUGCUCCGGGAAAACACCUUGGUCACCCUCGCCAACAUUUCGGGCCAGUUGGACCUCUCCCCGUACCCCGAGAGCAUCUGUCUGCCUGUCCUGGAUGGACUUCUACACUGGGCGGUCUGCCCCUCAGCUGAAGCCCAGGACCCCUUCUCUACCUUGGGCCCCAACGCCGUCCUCUCCCCCCAGAGACUGGUCUUGGAAGCUCUCAGCAAACUCAGCAUCCAGGACAACAAUGUGGACCUGAUUCUGGCCACACCCCCCUUCAGCCGACUGGAGAAGUUGUAUAGCACCAUGGUGCGCUUCCUUAGUGACCGAAAGAACCCGGUAUGCCGGGAGAUGGCUGUGGUACUGCUGGCUAACCUGGCGCAGGGCGACAGUCUGGCAGCCCGCGCCAUCGCCGUACAGAAGGGCAGCAUCGGCAACCUCCUGGGCUUCCUAGAGGACAGUCUUGCUGCCACGCAGUUCCAGCAAAGCCAGGCCAGUCUCCUCCACAUGCAGAACCCGCCUUUUGAGCCAACCAGUGUGGACAUGAUGCGGCGGGCGGCCCGCGCGUUGCUUGCCCUGGCCAAGGUGGACGAGAACCAUUCAGAGUUCACUCUGUACGAGUCGCGGCUGUUGGACAUCUCGGUAUCGCCGUUGAUGAACUCCUUGGUUUCACAAGUCAUUUGUGAUGUACUGUUUUUGAUUGGCCAGUCAUGACAGCCGUGGGACACCUCCCCCCCGUGUGUGUGUGCGUGUGUGGAGAACUUAGAAACUGACUGUUGCCCUUUAUUUAUGCAAAACCACCUCAGAAUCAAGUUUACCCUGUGCUGUCCAGCUUCUCCCUUGGGAAAAAACGUCUCUCCUGUUGCUCUUCCCUCCCUCUCCUCCCACCCCUUUCUGUUCCCUGUCCACACCUUACUCCCCUCAGGUCCCCACCCUAUUUGAAAAGACAAAGCUCUGCCUACAUAGAAGACUUUUUUAUUUUAACCAAAGUUACUGUUGUUUACAGUGAGUUUGGGGAAAAAAAUAAAUAAAAUAAAAUAAAAUAAAAAUGGCUUCCCGGUCCUUGCAUCAACGGGACGCCACAUUUCAUAACUGUUUUUAAUGGUUAAAAAAAAAAAGAAAAGAAAAAAAUACAAAAAAAUAACCCUCUGAAGGACAACAAAGGUGACUGCUGAACUGUGUGUGGUUUAUUGUUGUACAUUCACAAUCUCGCAGGAGCCGAGACGUGAGCAGUGUGGACAGACCCUGUUCACUGGAGAGGCCUGUGCAGUAGAGUGUAGAUCCUUUCAUGUACUGUACUGUACACCUGAUACUGUAAACAUACUGUAAUAAUCAUGUCUCACAUGGAAAAAAGAGAAAACGCUGGGUCAGCAGCAAGCUGUAGUUUUUAAAAAUGUUUUUAGUUAAACAUUGAGGAGAAAAAAAAAAAAGGCUUUUCCCCCAAAGUAUCAUGUGUGAACCUACAACACCCUGACCUCUUUCUCUUCCUCCUUGAUUGUAUGAAUAACCCUGAGAUCACCUCUUAGAACUGGUUUUAACCUUUAGCUGCAGCGCUGUGCUGCCACAUGUGUGUAUAUAUGACGUUGUACAUUGCACAUACCCUCUGGAUCUCCACAGUUUGGUCCCCCUCCCAGCCACCCCUUUAUAGUAUGACGAGUUAACAAGUUGGUGACCUGCACAAAGCGAGACACAGCUAUUUAAUCUCUUGCCAGACAUCGCUCCCUCGGUGCGAUGCUGUACAGGUCUCUCUCUUUAAAAAAAAAAAAAGAAAAAAAAUUCCUUGCUGUCUCAGCAGCCAAUCAACUUAUAGUUUAUUUUUUUCUGGGUUUUUGUUUUGUUUUGUUUUCUUUCUAAUCGAGGUGUGAAAAAGUUCUAGGUUCAGUUAAAGUUCCUGAUGAAGAAACACAAUUGAGAUUUUUUCAGUGAUAAAAUCUGCAUAUUUGUAUUUCAAACAAUGUAGCUAAAACUUGAUGUAAAUUCCUCCUUUUUUUCCUUUUUUGGCUUAAUGAAUAUCAUUUAUUCAGUAUGAAAUCUUUAUACUAUAUGUUCCACGUGUUAAGAAUAAAUGUACAUUAAAUCUUGGUAA